AAGACGUCCAGCGUACACGUGUCUUCCUGACACCGGAGUUGCACCAGUGACGUCGGAGAGCGCCAUGGAAGAAGAGGAGCACACGACGCAGUGGGCGUUGUUCUUCCCGCUGCAGGCGGGCAUGUCUGCCUUCAAGUCGUCGCUGUCCCCGUCGCCAGACUCACCGCAGCCGCCUCCGACGCCGCCCCCCACGUACCACCAGCCGGCGCGGCACGGGCUCCGGCGCCGCUCCAGCCUACCCGAUCUGGACAAGCUGUCGCCGGCGCUGGCCAGGCUGCGCCCGGGGGCGGCGUCGGCAACCGGAUCGGCGCCCCACUCGCCGGGAGGCAGCAUCGGCGACCUGAUGAACCUCAAGUGCUUCGGCUGCACGCCCACGGGCGGCGAGGCCACGGUGUCGCGCACCGUCCCCCUGUCCACGCUGGGCAACGCCGCCCCCGGCGCCGGCGCCGCCUCCGGCCCCCGGCGCCGCACGGCGCCGCCCCCGCCGCCCCCGCGCAGGCCACUCUCCUGCUCGCAGCGCACGGAACGCCUGUCGCGUCUCAUUCGCCAGAGCCAGCGCGAGCCACGACCGGUUCCCCAGCGAGGAAUUCAGACGCUGGUUUGA